UUGCAACCUCUUCCCAUGACUCACUCCCCCCUCCCCCCUUCAAGUCAUACGUUCUUGCCACUCGUCCUCCCAGCCUCUCAUCCCUCUGACUCCCACUGUCAUUUGCCGACUCACUCUAUCCACAAGGAUCAAACGCACAGCAGGAUGUCUAUUGAGAAUAUUGUUGCCAGGGAGAUCCUCGAUUCAAGAGGAAACCCAACAGUGGAAGUGGAUCUACAUACAGCCAAAGGUCUGUUCAGGGCAGCCGUGCCAAGCGGUGCGUCCACUGGCAUCUAUGAGGCACUGGAGCUCAGAGAUGGAGACAAGACUCGCUACAAGGGCAAAGGUGUUACCAAGGCUGUUGGUCACAUUAACGACACCCUGGGGCCUGCUCUCCUGCAGUCUGGAAUCAGUGUCCUGGAGCAGGAGAAGCUAGAUAACAUGAUGAUUGAAAUGGAUGGCACUGACAACAAAUCCAAGUUUGGGGCCAAUUCUAUUCUGGGAGUAUCUCUGGCUAUAUGCAAAGCUGGUGCUGCGGAGAAAGGCGUCCCCUUGUACCGUCACAUCGCUGAUCUGGCAGGAAAUGGAGACCUUGUCCUCCCAGUUCCAGCUUUCAAUGUUAUCAAUGGGGGCUCGCAUGCUGGUAACAGACUGGCCAUGCAGGAGUUCAUGGUUCUGCCUGUCGGUGCGGACUCUUUCCGCGACGCCCUGAGGAUGGGAGCAGAGCUUUACCAGACCCUGAGAAGCGUCAUCAAGGAGAAGUACGGCCAAGAUGCUACAAAUGUGGGAGAUGAAGGUGGAUUUGCCCCAAAUAUUCAAGAGAACAGUGAAGCCCUGGAGCUGAUUAAGACAGCCAUAGAGAAGGCAGGGUUUACAGACAGAGUGGUCAUAGGGAUGGAUGUUGCCGCCUCUGAGUUUUUCAGUGAGGGUAAAUAUGACCUGGACUUCAAGUCUCCACCCAAUGCUACCCGCAACAUCAGCGCUGAGGAACUGGCCAGCAUCUACCAAGGCUUUAUAAACAACUACCCAGUUGUAUCAAUUGAAGACCCCUUUGACCAGGAUGAUUGGCCUGCUUGGUCGCAGUUUACAGCAUCAGUUGGCAUCCAGGUUGUUGGAGAUGAUCUGACUGUGACAAACCCCCGCAGGAUACAACGAGCUGUGGAGGAAAAAGCCUGUAACUGUCUGCUUCUUAAAGUAAACCAGAUUGGAUCUGUGACUGAGGCGAUCAAAGCGUGCAAACUGGCUCAGGAGAACGGCUGGGGGGUGAUGGUGAGCCACCGCUCCGGUGAGACGGAGGACACUUUCAUCGCUGACCUGGUGGUUGGUCUGUGCACCGGACAGAUCAAAACUGGAGCUCCGUGUCGAUCAGAGCGCCUGGCCAAAUACAACCAGCUCAUGAGGAUUGAGGAAGAGUUGGGUGUCCAGGCCCGCUUUGCUGGUCACAACUUCCGCAACCCCAGUGUCCUUUGAAUGCCAGAGCCAUCAGCAGUGGUGUAACAUAUAGCUAAUGAUUUUACAAAGUCACUAGCCUCAGUGGAGCCCCAAAUAUACAAAAUCACUCAGAAACAAAGAGUUCAGAGAAAACAUUGUGGCGAUGUAAAAUGAGCGAGGUCACACUUAGAGCGAGGUGGUCUCUUUAGUUUCUUGUUCUUCUCUGAUCCCUUAUAUUAUGUCCUUUUCACCCAGUCUUAAAAUGUUUUGGUCGAUUGUGCCCUGUUGUUUUGUCUCAUUCAUGUUUCAGUGCAACAGUUUACUGGUUGUAAAAUAAAUAAAGUAAUCAGUAUAUAACGC